CCGGCAGGCCCCGCUGCCCGCCCGCCCAUGCCGCGGAAAGCGCUGCGCUGCGUCCUGCAGCUGGAGCUCCGCUCGAUAACUUGUCCUGGAGUGCUGCUGAAAGACAAACAGGAACUUUAUCUGAGCGUCUUUGUACUUGGCCAGUACCACAAAACUGAAUGUGUCCCUGCAGUGUUCCCACUCUUCUUUCAAGAAAGACUACUAUUUGAAAAGGAAUUUGCUAAUAUAGUUGAUCCUGGAGACCUUGUGAAGUUACUGGAGUUUGACACAACAGUACUUGAACUAAUACAGCUCAUUCCUCCAGUGGGAAAAGUUCUAGCUACAUAUGAAGAAAAUACAAGAGAUUUCCUGUUCCCUGACCCUAAGCUUACCCAUGGGCUCCGUGGUUUGCAGCGUGAGGUUUUAAUGAAGAGGUCCCCGUCUUUCACAGGAAUUGCACCAAAAUUGAGAUUUUCUACAACCUGCCUUAUUUCAGACAGUCUGUUAAUCUUAGGAAGGAGUCACAUACAGACUGACGGGCACUGGGUGCAUCAUCCAGCCCUAAGUGGAAGAAUGCCCUCAAAGCUGGCCAGGAAGAGCCCUCCUUCAGCAGGGCAGAGCUCGGCCCUGCGGAGCUACGAGCAGCCCACCAUCGCCUCCAAGUCGCGCUCGCCGUCCCCGUACACCAAGCGCCGCAUGUGCGAGCUGUCAGAGGAGGCCAGGCAGAGACUGUCCCACCUGAACCUGGGCCCUCAUGAGUUCAGGAGAGACACUGACAAACCUCCCUUUGUCAUCAGACGGGUUGGUAUUGGCUCCCAGGUUGGACAACCAAGUCCUGGUGCUAAACUUCAUUCCUUGUGUUCCCUGCGAGAAAGCACAGCAGAAGCCUGGCCCAAGGCACCCCAUGAUCCUCCUCCUCUCAACAGCUACAGACCCAAGAAAACUGAAGCAAAAUCUACCAGUGGAAAAGGCUUGGACAGUUCUGCUGUUUGCAAGGAGGAUGUGAGCCCAGAUCCACCCAACAGAGAGUCCCAUUCUGCUGCUUCUUUGGAGUGUUCAGCACCUCCAGCAGCUCAGGAGUCUCUGAGUUCUGUGCUGAGUCAAUCUUCCCUGAGGGAAAGAUUUGGCACUGGUUGGCCUUCACCAGCAAAUAUUGAUGAGAUCCAUAAAAGAGUGAAAAAUAUCUUAAGGACACACAGAGCUAGACAGCGCCUCAUAUUUGAUGAUUUGCCUCAGACAAGAGAACCUACAGAUAAUAAGCCCUUAACUGUGAGUGAGCUGCGGAGCAGUUCUCCAGUGCAGCAGAGCACUCCUGUUCUCCUGGAUAGUGGUGAACGUUGGCCUGGUCCUGCAGCUGUGUACAAAGAGAAGCCUCACAGAGCAAUCUUGGAGGAGAGUCUUGCAAAAAUAUAUAGAGAGAUGUAUGAAAAAACUGCUGGUGCUGUUUCAGAUCACAAAACACAUUCCUGAAAGUAACUCACCUGAAAAUGCAUAGUAUAUAGUAUUUGAAACUAAACCUAU